UGUACGAUACGAAUGAUACGAUACCCAUUCGUUGUUUACUGAUAAAAUCCUUUGUGGCAUUACAUAUUUGCAAAUUAAUUUUAAAAAGUACUACAAGCCGUGUAAUUUAUAAUAAUUAGUCAUGUCCUUUUUCAAGAAUGUAGCGUCCAGUUUCACCAUCCGUAGUCGUGAUUCGAUUUUGAAAGAAUCUCUAAUAAAUAACUUAUCUGAAUGCGUAAAAGACAUACAAUACAAUAAUCAGUUUGAAGAAAACUUCCACAGCGUUCUUGGGUCGACGGAUUCUACCAACACACUGUGUACGGCUCUUGAAGCAGUAUUUCUACAUGGUUUGAAGGACACAUUUCUACGAAAGGCGAAAAAUGUACUGUCAGGUGACCCAGACCUCAGACCGCAGCCGAACUUUUGGCCACUAGUACUCGUGCUUUCUCAUCGCCAGAAUAUCGACGAGAUCUCGUCACUGCUGCAGAUCAACACUGAGAUUGGACAAUGCAGGGCUUGGCUGCGAAUUGCCCUCAAUGAAUGUCUUCUAUCCUCUUACAUGGCAACUCUUCUGAAAAACAUAUCUGCUGUUAGACCUUUCUAUAAUAAGUCUGCCUUUGUGUGUGACUCCGAAAUUUUAGAAGUUGCCCAAAAACUCAUAGAAGGAUUAGAGACAUGCAUUCAGUUUAAUUUGCCUACUAAUUCAAGUUUACUUAAUCACUGGCCUGAGCCAGUGCUGAUGCUGGCAGGUCUGUGGGUGCCGACAAUGCGAGCGGCACCCAUCAGUGCAGGCCUCGACGUGGCCAGCACCAUGUGUGAUGAAGAGGUGAAGCCUAAAGAUGUGGCUACUCCAACCCACAUAUCUGGAGUUGGAAUAACUGGUUUGGGCAGACUUGCUCUAAACGAAGACGAAGCAUUAGAUUUUAUCCUCUCUGUAUCUAAUAACAUUACCAUCAUGGGAACACAACCUCAAAUUGAACCAGAAAGAAAGGAUGACUUAAAUGAUAAAAAUCCUGUGACUAUUGAUGACAAUGAAAGUAAUGCUUUAUCAUUAAAUCAGCCAUCUACAAGUCAGAACCAAGAUGUUCUUAACAAUAGUCUCCAAGAAAAUACAGAUGCUGAUCCACUGGAUGCGGCUAAUGAUGUUGUAAUUACUGGAAACUCUUUGUGUGGUAAAGGAUGGUAUACUGAUAGAAAUGAUGAAAUGAAUUGUUCUAUUAAUUCCAACUCCUCACAUGGCAGCAGUCUCAUAAAAACACCAGAAUUAAAAAGUUUGUCAUCUCUGCUGGAUACCACAAAUAAUGUGACAGAAAAAUGUGUCAAUACUCCUAAUUUGCGAGAUAUCAUGAUAGAUAUCCAUAAGGAGUUAAAGUUAAAUACAGAUGAACCAGAAGUUGUCGAGUUGAAGUCAGAAGCUGCUACACCUGAGGACCCUAUGCUCCAAGGGUUGGGCUUUGAAAUUGUGUCCAAUUCAGUAACAGGCUCAUUUACCGUCACGGAACUUCAGAAGAUGAUUCAGCAGCUGGGGAGCCUCUCCCGGGAACACGGUCUGGAUCAUCAAAAUUAUCAGUGCAAGGGUUGUCAAGACUUGUUGGGCAGCACCAUAUCCAAAGCUAAAGUGUGUGCGUAUACUGGGGAAUAUUAUUGUUCCAAUUGCAUGGAUGCCAACUUGUUUAUAAUUCCGGCUCGGGUGAUACACAACUGGGACUUCAAGAGAUACCCAGUCUCCAAGAAAUCAGCUCUGUUCUUAUUAGAGUUCCAGCAUCAUCCCUGGAUCCAUAUGAAAAAGCUUAAUCCAAAAAUAUAUUCUGGGGUGUCUGAUAUGGCACAGUUACAACAAUUAAGAAUACAACUUAACUUCCUAAGAGCAUACAUAUUCUCAUGUAGAGAACCUGUUAUUGAAGAAUUGCAGAAGCGAGUUUGGCCAAGGGAAUAUCUAUAUGAUCAUGUGCACUUAUACACUAUAUCAGACCUAGUCCAGAUACCAAGUGGAUCCUUGUUAUUGCAAUUAGAGAAAGUUGUCAACUUUGCAAAGACUCAUGUGCUAGAUUGUUGGUUUUGUAGCCAGAAAGGGUUUAUAUGUGAAGUUUGCCUAGAUCCUAAAGUAUUGUAUCCAUUUGAAACAAGCACCACAUAUCGUUGUGAUGAGUGCUCAAGUGUCUUUCAUAUCAAAUGUUUCAAUGCAAAUAUGCCAUGUCCAAAAUGUAAACGAAAACAAAAUCGCACAAAUGAAUCUAACGUAGUUUAAAUGAAUGAUAACCUUGUUUACAUAUUUUAUCCAUAUAAAGUGAUUACUUCAUAUUGCUUAAUUUGUCCGCCUCAUUUAUAAAAAUAGGAGAUGGCAAUGUUACCUAGUUUACAAUAAAUAACCCAUAUAAUAAAAUCAUAAAUUACCUUUAAUCUAUUUAUAUGUUAAAAAUCUGAAUAUACACAACACAUUUAUACUUGCGACCCACCCCGGCUUCGCAGGGGUUAAUAAAUUAUACACUUAAUCCUUCCUCAAGAAUUACUCUAUGGAUAGGUGAAAACCGCAUAAAAAUUUGUUUAGUCGUUUUUGAGUUUAUCGCGAACGCGCGGGGGACUUUGUUCUAUAAGGUGUUAGUGAUAUUAACAUAAUUUAACAAAACGCAUUAAGGUCCCACUUAAAUUUUAUAAUAAUAAGUAAAUUUUAUAAAAGUAUUAAAUCAAUAGAAAUGCCCUUGCAUAAUUAGUAAACUAAACUUGAAUUAAUUGAUAUCAUUUAUAGAAAACCAAUGAAAGUCCUUAGAUACAUUUAACUUAGAUUUUAUAUGAAUUUAGGUAGUCCACUAAAGAGCAAUGUAAAUGGGCCAUUUAGUAAAGUAAAUUGCAUAAAAAGUGACAUUUUCUCAUAAAUAUUGAGUGGAAUAAACCGAAUAAAUCAUACAUAAUUGUAUUGGGUCACAAUAUAGCAUAGGUAAGAGCUAUUUGACUGUUUAAGUAAAUACAUUAUUUGAAUUAGUCUUAAGUAUCCAAAGUAUCCAAAUCAGGAUUUAAAAUAUAAUGAAAUUCCCUUAGCCGAUGACUAUGUGUCCAUCUUAUCUAUGGCCGUACUUUAAGUGUCGUGUACAGUUAGCUGCCGAGAUAGCUCUCUGCAGCUGACUACAUUUAGUUCAUUAUGGAUAGGUACCUAAUUAUUAGGGAGUUAGUUUACUUGCAUACAGUACCUACAUUGUCUGAAUGUCUAACUUUAUAUAAUAUAACAAGUACUAAAAAGAUUAUAGAUAAAUUUCCAACAUCUGGAUAGUUUUUUCCACUAUAUUCUGAUCAUUCAAACUCAAAAUGUUCUUUAUUUAAAAAGGCCUAGCAACAAGCACUUUUAAAUUGUCAAGUUUUAAAUAUUACCUUAAUCUAAAUAUCAGAGCUAUUUAUUGAUGCAGUUACUACUAUUCUUGUUUGUUGAAACAAACAUCAUAGAUGCACUCGAGUUUGUGCUGAAACCGAAAUGGAGAUGGGCCGGCCACACAGGAAGAUUGACAGAUGACAGAUGGACCAACAAAGUCACAAAGUGGCCAGGACCCCAUGGCAAAAGGAAGGUGGGAAAACCUAUAACAAGGUGGUCCAAGGACAUCAUAGCCUCAGCUGGAGAAAAUUGGCUAAUCAAGGCAAAAGACCGAGAAAGGUGGAAAGAAAUGGAGGCCUAUACCCGACAGGGGUCCUUAAUAUAAUAAAAUAAAAAAAGAAUAUUUAAGGUAAAUAAAAGGCUUAAAUAAAUAUUAUUAUUCUUAAAAACAUUGAAUUGUUAUAGAUAUGUCAAACUUAAUAAGAAUUUCACAAAAGGAUCGUCAAACACCAAAAUUGUAUAAAAAAAUACUAGUCUAGAAACUUUCUAGAAUAAAAAUCUAAAUGUCAAAAAAUACAGAUUAAGGUCAAUGCGGUCAUUUCUGUCAACGGGGCAUUUCCGUCAAACGGCGUUUGCGGCUAUACAAACAACAGUACACACUUACUGACUCGAUCGGUAAAACAGCGAGAAAAUUUAAUACCCGCAGUCCAAAACAGUUGGCGCUGUCUAGCCAGUGAAUGGAAAAAAAACCGCUUUCAAAGUUUAGUUGCGCUCCGAGCUCGAACGCGAGUGUAGUAUGCUGCUGUGUUUCAUGACGGUGCGAUGAGAUAAUGUAAGUUACGGCUUAGUAAGUAGGUUUAUUAUAUAGUUCGAUAUGCAUGCUUGCUGGUAGUUUUAUCAAUUUUCAAUUAUAAGCUGUUUGUGAGAAACUAUGGGUGGUUAAAUAUUCGUAUUAACAAAAUGAUCGAGCAGACAAAUCCGUCAAUUGCGAAACGGCCAAAAUCGUCAUGUGCCGGAAUUUCCCCAUUUCAUAUAUUGCCAACCUUUUUGAUUUGAUUUAAACAUAAAUAAUAACUAUGAAACUAAAUACCGAGUUUAAGUCUCAAUUUAAUGUUAAUAUCGUCGGCUAAAGUCGCAAACCUCGUAACUGAACCUGAACAAAUUUUGCAGGAGGCACAAAAAACUUCAUUGUCGAUUUUUUUUAUGCAGACGCUUAGUGUUUUUUUACAAAAUGUUAACUCAAAUGAAGCAGUCAGAUUUAUUUAUGUAUUUAUUUAAACUUUAUAGCACAAAAUAUAAUUUUUUUUUGCUAAUGAUUGUUCACAUUUAUUUAAUAAAAAAUGUAAUCUGAACCCAGAAAAUAUGGAGUUACGAGUUUUUCUUAAGGAAAUCGUAAAACUAUUAUUUGUAUAUAAUGGGAGUCAGGAGUUUUGCCCAAAAAAUUGAUGAAAAUCUUUUAAUCCGAACAAGUUAGGUAUUGUAGAUUUGUAAAAUAAUAAAAAUAAUUCAAAUUUGUGGGUUUGCUUAACACAGCUAUUUUCAUGCAUGUCUACAUACACAUCUGGUAUGACUGUAUACAUCUUAGCAUGUGUUGAUUAUUCCAUAUACGAUUAUCAUUAUUUUGUGGACUUUUUAUAAUAUACCGGAUUAUAUCGUAAAUAUGAGUAACGGUUCAACAAUCAUGUCAGUUUCGAAGGAGAAAGUUAUUAAGAUAUAGUGUUAUUGUAUGUAUUAAAUAUGAUUUGUAAGUAAUCGAAUUUAAACUAUUGUGAGACAUACUAACAUUAAAUAAUUAGGAGACCUAGGCUCUCCGAAACAUGUCGCGCGAGUGACUAAAACAAGUGAAUCUAAACCGUGAAAUUAUUUAAUGAUUUGUAAGUAAUUAAAAAUAUUGUCGCGCCCAUAAUUACUUGGACACUGUACUUCAGACCUUACUCAACAGUGGCACCAACUGGUGAGCACAAAAACAGUAGUUAUUAAAAACAUGUAGUUGACGGAUUUUCCCUAGGGUUUGCGAAUCUGUUUUAAAAGGUUUACUACUCCUGAUCGUAAAAAUAGGCCGGAAUUGCCCCAAAAAAAUAUACUUUGCAAUACAAUCGAAAAAAAAGCUUAUAUUGAGUUCGCUAAGGUUUAGUUUCGAUUAAGAGUAUAGCGGUAUUUGUUCACUUGAAGGAUAUGUUUGUAAUACGUCACGAUACAAGAAAAAUCGUUGGUUGACGGAAUAGUCCCAAACCGUAGGGAAAAUCCGUCAACUGACACGUUUUAA